AUGGAUGGAGAACACCAAUAUCAUACUCGAAGCAAAGGAUCAACGGUGGGGAGCAAGGAUCUAGACUUCUCGGACGAUUCGGCGAAUACAGACAAUUCAGAUUACGACAAUGGGUUUGUGGAUGACGAAGACGAAGCCGAAUAUGGACUCACCCAAAGUGGGAAAUCGAGGGCAAGCAACUACGGGAGCCGUAAAUCUGCAGGUGGCAAGAAAAACGGAACCAAAAAUAGUGCGAAAAGUGGGUCCAAAGCCUCAAAUGCUAACGAUACGCUAAACAAAUUGGCCGCCAAGGACCAGAACUUCUUGCAUGGACUGCAGCACGAUGCCCCGGCUGAUUUCGUGCCCGAUGUGGUUUCGGGAUUGUUCAGGUCUUCAGACUUUAGCUAUCUGAAAUUGAAACCGGACCACGCCUCCCGGCCGCUGUGGAUUUCCCCAGGUGACGCUCGCGUCAUUUUAGAAAGCUUUUCGCCACUCGCCGAGCAAGCGCAGGAUUUUCUGGUCACCAUUGCUGAGCCCAUCAGUAGACCAUCACAUAUCCACGAAUACAAAAUCACCGCAUAUUCGUUGUAUGCCGCCGUUUCCGUUGGUUUGGAAACUGACGAUAUCAUCGCCGUGUUGGAUCGGUUGUCCAAGGUGCCCGUGGCAGACUCCAUCACCAACUUUAUCAAAAGCGCAACUGUUUCUUAUGGUAAAGUUAAACUUGUUAUCAAGCAUAACCGUUAUUUUGUAGAAACUUCACAAGCUGAUAUUUUACAAAUGUUACUGAAGGAUUCGGUAAUUGGUGCCCUCAGAAUUGAUUCUGAGACUUCUCCUGCAGCUGAAGAAAACCAACCCACAAAGGAGGGCAGCCUGGAUUACAAGCACCAGGCUGCGAAAAUCGAUCCUAACGACGUAGAAGCCGUUUUUUCGUCCGUUGUGGGUGAAAUACAAUUGGAUGACGAUAAUGAAGACAUCGACGCCGUACACGCCUUCGAAAUUGCGAAUGGAUCCGUUGAGAUCGUCAAGAAAAGAUGCCAGGAAAUUGACUACCCUGUCUUAGAAGAGUACGAUUUCAGAAAUGAUCAUCGAAACCCAGAUUUGGAUAUCGAUCUCAAACCCUCUACUCAAAUUAGACCUUACCAAGAGAAGUCCUUGAGCAAAAUGUUUGGUAACGGUCGCGCUAGAAGUGGUAUUAUUGUUUUGCCCUGUGGUGCAGGGAAAACUCUAGUAGGUAUCACAGCUGCUUGUACUAUCAAAAAAUCGGUUAUCGUGCUUUGCACCUCAUCAGUAUCGGUGAUGCAAUGGCGGCAACAAUUUUUGCAGUGGUGUACACUACAGCCUGAGAAUGUGGCAGUUUUCACCUCGGAUAAUAAAGAAAUGUUUCAAACGGAAUCUGGUUUGGUGGUGUCCACUUAUUCCAUGGUAGCAAAUACUCGUAAUAGGUCCCAUGACUCGCAAAAGGUGAUGGACUUCCUCACUGGUAGAGAAUGGGGGUUUAUUAUCUUGGACGAGGUCCACGUUGUUCCAGCAGCAAUGUUCAGAAGAGUAGUUACUACGAUUGCUGCACAUGCAAAAUUGGGUCUCACGGCGACAUUGGUUCGAGAAGACGACAAGAUUAGCGAUUUGAAUUUCUUGAUUGGCCCCAAGUUAUAUGAAGCCAAUUGGAUGGAACUUUCUCAAAAGGGCCAUAUUGCAAAUGUUCAGUGUGCCGAAGUCUGGUGUCCCAUGACGGCCGAGUUUUAUCAGGAGUACCUGAGAGAAAGUGCAAGAAAGCGGAUGCUCCUUUACAUCAUGAACCCAACAAAAUUUCAGGCUUGUCAAUUCUUGAUACAGUAUCAUGAAAAGAGAGGCGAUAAAAUUAUUGUUUUCUCCGAUAACGUUUACGCUUUGCAAGAAUAUGCAUUGAAAUUGGGCAAGCCUUUCAUUUACGGCUCUACUCCUCAACAGGAGCGUAUGAACAUCUUGCAAAAUUUCCAAUUCAACGACCAGAUCAACACUAUAUUUCUAUCAAAGGUUGGGGAUACUUCUAUCGACUUACCUGAAGCUACGUGCCUCAUCCAGAUAUCCUCUCAUUACGGCUCUCGUCGUCAAGAGGCUCAACGACUGGGAAGAAUCCUGAGAGCUAAGAGACGUAACGACGAAGGUUUCAAUGCUUUUUUCUAUUCCUUAGUAUCCAAGGAUACACAAGAAAUGUAUUACUCCACCAAAAGACAGGCAUUUUUGGUUGACCAGGGUUAUGCUUUCAAAGUUAUAACACAUUUGCAUGGUAUGGAAACGCUUCCAAAUCUGGCUUACUCAACUGCACGCGAGCGUAGGGAAUUGUUGCAAGAGGUGUUGCUGAAGAAUGAAGAAGCAGCUGGAAUUGAAAUCGGUGAUGAUGCCGAAAAUAGUGUUGGCCGCGGCGGUCCAGGUAAGAAAGCUAAAUCAAAGGCUGUUAGAGGCGAAGGCUCGUUAUCUGGAUUGGCCGGUGGUGAAGAUAUGGCUUACCUGGAGUACUCUUCAAACAAGAAUAAAGAUUUAAGAGAUCAUCAUCCGCUGAUACGCAAAAUGUACUAUAGAAAUAUGAAGAAGUAG